UGCAUUUCCCUGUUACAGUGAGGCAGGAACUCCCAGUCCGACCUCCCCGCAUGCCAGCGAUAACAUCGGCGACAACCAAGAUUCCAGCGUAGCAAAAAAGUUUUUAGAUCUUCGAGAACUUUGGAGUUUGACAAGAAGAGCAUGUGGAUUUAGGGGGUGAUCUACAUACGCAAAAGGAACGUGGUAAAUGGAUUUGUGAGUCGCUCGAACGGAUCAUUUUCCCUGGAAAAGAAGAAAGGGACCAUGGCGUCCACGGUGACUCUGGAGGAUGCCCUGUCCAACGUGGACCUGCUGGAGGAGCUGCCCCUCCCCGACCAGCAGCCCUGCAUCGAACCCCUUCCCUCCUCUCUCAUAUACCAGCCCAACUUCAACACCAACUUUGAGGACCGAAAUGCCUUUGUCACGGGAAUCGCUCGCUACAUCGAACAGGCCACCGUUCACUCCAACAUGAACGAGAUGCUGGAGGAGGGGCAGGAGUAUGCCGUCAUGCUGUACACCUGGAGGAGCUGUUCCAGAGCCAUCCCACAGGUGAAGUGCAAUGAGCAGCCCAACAGGGUGGAGAUCUACGAGAAGACCGUGGAGGUCCUGGAGCCAGAAGUCACCAAGCUCAUGAACUUCAUGUACUUCCAGCGCACGGCCAUUGAUCGCUUCUGCGGGGAGGUGCGUCGUCUGUGCCAUGCGGAGCGGCGUAAGGACUUUGUGUCGGAGGCCUACCUGCUGACGCUGGGCAAGUUCAUCAACAUGUUCGCCGUGCUGGACGAGCUCAAGAACAUGAAGUGCAGCGUCAAGAACGACCACUCCGCCUACAAACGAGCUGCCCAGUUCCUGAGGAAGAUGUCUGAGCCCUCAUCCAUCCAGGAGUCGCAGAACCUCUCCAUGUUCCUGGCCAAUCACAACAAGAUCACCCAGUCUCUGCAGCAGCAGCUGGAGGUCAUUAACGGCUACGAGGAGCUCCUGGCGGACAUCGUCAACCUGUGUGCGGACUACUAUGAGAACAAGAUGUACCUGACCCCCAGCGAAAAGCACAUGCUGCUAAAGGUAAUGGGAUUUGGCCUGUAUCUGAUGGACGGCAGCAACAGCAACAUCUACAAACUGGACGCCAAGAAGCGAAUCAACCUCACCAAGAUUGACAAGUUUUUCAAGCAACUGCAGGUCGUGCCACUGUUUGGAGACAUGCAGAUUGAGCUGUCCCGAUACAUCAAGACCAGCGCUCACUUUGAGGAGAACAAAUCCAGGUGGUCGUGCACGUCGGUGGGCAGCAGUCCGCAGUAUAAUAUCUGCGAACAGAUGAUCCAGAUCCGGGAGGACCACAUGCGCUUCAUCUCCGAGCUGGCCUGCUACAGCAACAGCGAGGUGGUGACGGGCUCGGGUCGGCAGGAGGCCCAGAAGACAGACAGUGAGUACCGCAAGCUGUUUGACCUGGCCCUGCAGGGGCUGCAGCUGCUGUCCCAGUGGAGCGCACACGUCAUGGAGGUGUAUUCCUGGAAACUCGUGCACCCUACGGACAAAUACUCCAACAAGGAAUGCCCCGACAACGCUGAAGAGUACGAACGCGCCACACGAUACAAUUACACCAGUGAGGAGAAGUUUGCUCUGGUGGAGGUGAUGGCCAUGAUCAAGGGUCUGCAGGUGUUGAUGGGCCGCAUGGAGAGUGUCUUCAACCACGCCAUCCGCCACACCAUCUACUCAGCGCUGCAGGACUUUGCCCAGGUCACCUUGCGUGAGCCGCUGCGGCAGGCCAUCAAGAAGAAGAAGAACGUCAUCCAGAGUGUACUUCAGUCCAUCCGUAAGACCAUCUGUGACUGGGAGACUGGCCGUGAGCCCCACAAUGACCCAGCACUGCGCGGGGAGAAGGACCCCAAGGGGGGCUUCGACAUCAAGGUUCCCCGCCGGGCUGUGGGACCCUCCAGCACCCAGCUGUACAUGGUGAGGACCAUGCUGGAGUCCCUCGUGGCGGACAAGAGUGGCUCCAAGAAGACCCUCCGCAGCAGCCUGGAGGGCCCCACCAUCAUCGACAUCGAGAAGUUCCACCGGGAGUCUUUCUUCUACACGCACCUCCUCAAUUUCAGCGAGACCCUGCAACAGUGCUGUGACCUGUCCCAGCUGUGGUUCCGGGAGUUCUUCCUGGAGUUGACCAUGGGCCGCCGCAUCCAGUUCCCCAUCGAGAUGUCCAUGCCCUGGAUCCUCACCGACCACAUCCUGGACACCAGGGAGGCCUCAAUGAUGGAAUACGUGCUGUAUCCCCUGGACCUGUACAAUGACAGCGCCCACUACGCCCUGACCAAGUUCAAGAAGCAGUUCCUCUACGAUGAGAUCGAGGCAGAGGUCAACCUCUGCUUCGACCAGUUUGUUUACAAACUCGCUGAUCAGAUAUUUGCCUACUACAAAAUUCUGGCUGGAAGCCUUCUCCUGGACAAGCGACUGAGAGCAGACUGUAAGAACCAAGGUGCCAACAUUCCAUGGCCAGCGUCGAACCGCUACGAGACACUGCUGAAGCAGAGACAUGUGCAGCUGCUGGGUCGCUCCAUUGACCUGAAUCGUCUGAUCACCCAGCGGGUGUCUGCUGCCCUCUUCAAGUCCCUGGAGCUGGCCAUCGCCCGCUUCGAGAGUGAGGACCUCACCUCCAUCAUGGAGCUGGAGGGUCUUCUGGAGAUCAACCGCAUGACUCACAAGCUCCUGAGUAAGUACCUGACCCUGGACAGCAUGGACGCCAUGUUCCGGGAGGCCAACCACAACGUCUCGGCGCCGUACGGCCGCAUCACGCUGCACGUCUUCUGGGAGCUCAACUACGACUUCCUGCCCAACUACUGCUACAAUGGCUCUACCAACAGGUUUGUCCGUACGGUCCUCGCCUUCUCACAGGAAUUCCAGCGUGACAAGCCACCCAACGCUCAGCCCCACUACCUGUAUGGAUCAAAGGCUUUGAAUCUGGCAUACAGCAGCAUAUUCGGCUUCUAUCGCAACUUCCUGGGUCCCCCUCACAUCAAAGUCAUAUGCCGACUGCUUGGCUACCAGGGCAUCGCCGUGGUGAUGGAGGAGCUUCUGAAGGUCGUCAAAAGCCUGCUGCAGGGCACCAUCAUGCAGUAUGUGAAGACGCUAAUGGAAGUGAUGCCCAAGAUCUGCCGCCUUCCUCGCCACGAGUAUGGCUCCCCUGGUAUCCUGGAGUUCUUCCACCACCAGCUGAAGGACAUCGUGGAGUAUGCUGAGCUGAAGACGGUGUGCUUCCAGAACCUGAGGGAAGUGGGGAACGCGAUGCUCUUCUGCCUAUUGUGUGAGCAGAGUCUGUCUCAAGAAGAGGUUUGUGACCUUCUGCAUGCCGCACCCUUCCAGAACAUUCUACCAAGGGUUCAUGUCAAAGAGGGAGAGCGUCUGGAUGCCAAGAUGAAGCGCCUGGAGUCCAAAUAUGCCGCGCUGCACAUGGUCCCGCUAAUUGAGCGCCUCGGCACUCCGCAGCAAAUAGCCAUUGCCCGCGAGGGGGACUUGCUGACCAAGGAGCGUCUGUGCUGCGGCCUGUCCAUGUUCGAGGUCAUCCUGACGCGCGUGCGCGGCUUCCUGGACGACCCCAUCUGGCGCGGCCCGCUGCCCAGCAACGGCGUGAUGCACGUGGACGAGUGCGUGGAGUUCCACCGCCUCUGGAGCGCCAUGCAGUUCGUCUACUGCAUCCCCGUGGGCGCGCACGAGUUCACCGUGGAGCAGUGCUUUGGCGAUGGGCUGAACUGGGCGGGCUGCAUGAUCAUCACCCUGCUGAGCCAGCAGCGGCGCUUUGACAUCCUGGACUUCGCCUACCACCUGCUGAAGGUGCAGAAGCAUGACGGCAAGGACGAGGUCAUCAAGAGCGUGCCACUGAAAAAGAUGGUGGACAGGAUCCGCAAAUUCCAGGUCCUGAACGACGAGAUCUUCGCCAUCCUCAACAAGUACCUGAAGUCUGGGGACGGAGAGAACAUGCCAGUGGAGCAUGUCAGGUGCUUCCAACCGCCAAUCCACCAAUCAUUGGCCAGCAACUGAAAAUUCCAAAACACACCUUCCACCAAUAACACGCCAUGAACUGAGAUUUAACCGUUUUGCACCACUUCUACUUGGCAGAGCAUAGAAGUCUACCGACUACACUUAGUUACAUUAGUAGCCAGAGCACCUGAAACAGAAGUGUUUGAUUCCUACUCAGUUGAAGUAUCAUUUAAUGGAAAGAUAUCCUCCCUUAACUCACAUUCUCUUCUGAACAAACAAAAGAAAAAUAUAGCAAUAUAUUGUGGCCCAAGUCAGUAAUUGUCUAUACAUUUUGUACACAUGUGCCUUACUACAAAUGAAUUACUAGUAUCGUUAUGUUUUUAGGAUGGUAUUCAGCACACUUUUUUCAUGUUUUCUAUAUUUUGGAAAGUGGCAGUUUAGGGAGGGAGGAGGAUUUUUAUGGGUAUUUAAAGGCUAUUGUGGUGAAUUACAAGAAAAAUGGGGACCUAUUGGGAAUUUAAAAAAAGGUUGGAGGUAGAGUAUAUUUUCUAUAUGUUGGGUUUGACAAACUGCAUGCAAUACUUUUUCUAUAAUCUUGAUAUGAUUAAUAACCAAGUUCUUAUCAAUGUUAAACAUUAUUCCUUGUGCCUUUUUGUAUUUGAACAAUUCUAACUUGAUUUUAAUUCAAUAAAUAUAUCAAUGUACAAAA